AUGGCGGAGGAGGCUGGAGCUGGAGCUGGAGCCGGAGCCACGACGGAGGUGGCAGGAGAAUGGCGGCAUGAAUCCGGGUACAUCCUCACGAACGAUCCGGAGCGCGUCGAUCUGGAGGCGCUCCACCGCUUCCUCUCCACCGAAGCCUACUGGUCGGUUGACAUCACGAAAGAGCGCGUCGCCCUCGCCGUGAAGCACAGCGUCCCCUUCUCGCUCCUGAGCCCAACCGGCGAGUUCGUAGGCUUUUGUCGGCUCAACACGGACCACGUGACGUUCACCUACCUGUCGGAUGUGUAUGUCGAUAAGCGCCACCGCAAGCGCGGCCUGUCCAAGUGGUUCCUCGACCACAUCCUCGCCACGGACUACGUCACCAACGUGCGGAGCGUCUUCCUCAUGACCAAGAGUGCGCAGAAGCUCUACGCCAAGUUCGGCUUCGAAGUGGUGGAGAACCGAUGCAUGGUCUACCGACCGGGAGUGGCCAAGGACGUGGGGCGCUAUGACUGGCGAUUGGUCGAGUACAUCUAA